AGGGUGAUAGAGAAGCAGCCGAAGGCCUCGAGGACCCUGAUCACUGCUGAUGGACGAGUCAUGAACGUCAACGAGCCCAAGCUGGAUUUCUCUCUAACUGAAGAACAACAUAACAACACUAUCGUCUUAGACUUGGCGGUGUACAGACACAUGGACACCUCCCUCGUGGACGUGGAUGUUCAGCCGACGUACGUCAGAGUCAGCGUCAAAGGAAAGAUAUUUCAGAUGGUUCUGCCGGCUGAAGUGAAGCCGGACAGCUCGACAGCUCAGAGGUCCCAAACCACCGGACACCUGGUCCUCACCAUGCCCCGGGCUGAAGGUGAAAUCAAAGUGACAAAGACCGUCCCACGUCCACCCAGAGUGCGUCCACCCAGAGUGCGUCCACCCAGACGCAGCAGCUCGCCCCAGGACAGUAAAAGGUGCCUGUUGUAUAUUAACACGUUGAUUCAUUUUAUGGGCCAUGUUGAUGGUAGCGCCCUCCCUGCUGAUGACUGCGUGGCGGCCACAGAUAACCUUGACCAGAGCGGCACCAUCACACUGGGAGAAGCA